AGAGCCCUUAAUAGACACGGGGCGGGCGAGGGCCCCUCAGCGAGGCCGGGCCUACCCUCCCCCGCCGCCUCAGCGCCCCCAGCUCCGGCCGCGGCCUACUGAGGGCUGCGCGAUCCCGCUCCUCGGGCGGCCUCGCCUCCCCCCGCGGCCGGGCGCGCUGAGCCGGGCUGGGGGCGGCCUGAUUUCCCGACUGGAAACCUCCCCUCGUGAAAUCAGAGGAAAUUCAGGUGGCAGGGACCCCGGGGGGUCGCGUCUAGUCCAACCCCUGCUGCCAGCUACAUCAUCCCAGCCACAAUUUUGGCUGCAGGGGGUUUCGUCAGGGCGCCCGAAUCCUUCCUGGUCUGGUUGACUUGGUCCCGGGACUCGGUCGGGCCAUGGCCCGUGCUUAAAUUCAGGAUGACUGCGCACCAGUAGUUUCCCCCCGUUCCCUCCCCGCCAGCAUGAGGCCUCCGGAGACCGUCCCCAGACCUUGUGCUUCGGGACGCAGGGGCGCGCCUUGCACCUGGAGAUUGAGCCGUGCCCCGUAUCGGUGCGAGUAUAACGCUGCGCGGUUGGCUUAUAAAAAUGACGUUUCCUGGGGGUAGUUAGUCUCCGAACCGCCGUUAUGGAGUAGGUCGGGUGCACGUGAGACGGGUGAGGCGGUGGUACGUUUGAUGCUGAGUUUCCCAAAAUUUCAGGAAAAGGUUGCCCUGCAAAAAAAAAAAUAAUAAAAAAAAAAAUUGUUCUCUGCCGUCCCUUUCCCCCCCUUUAAAACUAGAAGCCCUUCAAGGAAUUGCUUGAAAAGGAAACUGACUCCUUUAGAAACUCAGGAAAAGAUAGCUUAAGUGAGGAAGAUUAAUUCUUGUUACCUCCCUCGUAAAAUUACUACCAGGUUCUGCCAUUUAAUUUUGGAAACGGAGAAUGAGUGCAUGUUCCCUCUCUGUGCCAGUCUCCCCUGCUAAUAGAUGCAGUAGCUAUAGGAGUGCCAGGAGUCUGGAAUUUAUUGCAAGUGCUCGUUCUGACACUGAGGAUGAGGAUAAAGCGAUGGUAGAAGGAGAGGAGGAAAAGACAGAGCAUCAUGCUAAAGAGAAGGGGAACAGGGGAACUAAGGGAAAGCCACACCAUAAAAAACUGGGAUUGUCUAAAAAGUUUGUGAAAGAUCUGCGACCUGCUGCUGCCCCUGAGCAAAAUGGAGAGAGCUUCUUCAUGGAGAGCAAUACUGUGAAGCGCAUUCUGUUGCCCGGGACGAGAGCAAAGACUUCCAUUGUGUGGAACUUCUUCCACAUCGAUCCCCAGUACACGUGGCGCGCCAUCUGCAGCAUCUGCAAAAAGAGCGUCAGCCGUGGCAAGCCGGGCACCCACCUCGGCACGUCGACACUUCAGCGACAUCUCCAAGCCAAGCACUCUGUGCACUGGACGGUGGCCACCAAAAUAAACGCUGCUGGGGGAAGCAGUGUAGGGGAGGAUGAAUAUGCCUUUAACAUGCCUGUCUCGCCCGUCUCCCCUGAUAGCAGAGGCAGCAGUUUGAGCAGCAGUGGGAGCUCGGAAUAUGUUCCAAGCAUUAAUUUUGAUGGUGAUGGGGUGGAAGAGGCAGUGAGUCAGUUUUUCCACAAAAAAAGAAGAAAGAGAGCUGUGCAGGUGAAUGAGUUCCACCCAGGAAAGCGAGAGCUGGCCAGAAAAUUUGCCAAAGACGUUAUUCCCACGGGUGCAACCAGUGCAGCACCAGCAAUAGUCAUUUCUGGGGAAGAUCGAGAGCCUUUUCUAAUUGAAAGCAAUACUGUCAAACGUGUCCUAGUGCCAGGAACCAGGACUAAGACAUCUGCCGUGUGGAACUUCUUCUACAUUGACCCUCAGUACACUUGGCGGGCUGUCUGUACCGUCUGUAAAAAGAGUGUCAGUCGCGGCAGACCGGGGACUCACCUUGGCACCUCCACACUCCAGCGACACUUGCAGGCCAUGCACCCUGUGCACUGGGCCAUGGCCAACAAAUCUAAUGGUGCUCUUUGUAAUGGUGUCGGGGAGGAAGCAGCAGAGGAUUUUCCUCCCAGUCCAGCUGAGGUGGACGUGUUUUUGGCCCGUAGGAAUGACUUAUCACGCUAUUUCUCUUCCAGAGAGAAACUGUCGGCCGGUUACAGUUUAACACCUCGAGGUUUGGGUGUCCCUGCCCCAGCUUUUUCUCCCAAGUCAGUGCUUAGUAAAAGAAAAGCCUUAAGUCCCAACUUUGGGACUAACCAAGACUCUCAAAUACCUACUACUGUGAGGAAGAUCAGAUACCGUGAAAAUCCAGUUGCACAGCAGAUCAACAGGGCUAUCACGGAAUUGAUUAUUGAGGAUAUGCAGCCUUACUCCUUUUUUUCCACACCCGCUUUUCAGAGGUUCAUGCAGAUUGUGGCCCCUGACUAUCAGCUGCCAUCAAGAACUUACUUCUCUACAAAGGCUGUGCCACGGUUACACAGUGUUGUGAGAGAGAAGGUUUCCUUGGCUCUGGAGAAAGCAGAAUUACACAAAGUACACUUGUCCAUUGACAUGUGGACCUGUGAACCAGCCUUGGACUACCUGACAGUGAUGGCCCAUUGGGUAUCUUAUGAAGUGUCAUCUUCUGACAACACCAGCAGAACUCCCAAUUUUAGGAAGCAAGCAGCCCUUUGUGUAACUGGCUUUGCCAAAGAUUAUACAGCAGCCAGUAUCUUGCAAGAACUGAAUUACCAGAUUGGUGUGUGGCUCUCCCCCAGUUCCCUCACCCCAGGCUUUGUAGUUUCUGAUAGCACUGCCAAUGUGGUACAUGCAGUGAAAGAUGGAGGCUUUACCCACGUGCCAUGUUUCAUGCAUUGUUUAAAUGUAAUCAUUCAGGACUUUCUCUUUGAGCACAAAAGCACUGAGAGCAUGCUGGCAGCUGCACGAGAGAUUUGCCUUCACUUUAAUCGUUCCGCUAAAACCCGUCAGGUUUUGCAGAAGUUCCAGCACGUGACCUAUCUUCUGCAGCACAGCUUAAAGCAGGAGGUAGCCACUCGGUGGAUCUCUACUUUUUAUAUGCUGAAGCGACUUCUAGAGCAGCGGAAAGCAGUGCAUGACUAUUCGGUCCAACAUCGCCUGGGGGGGAGAGCAGGUGGGGUCAUCCUCACUUCCCUCCAGUGGUCUCUGAUGGCACACGUGUGUGACAUCCUGGAGCCCUUUGUGGAAGCCACUCGGGAGAUGAGCGCAUGCACUGCGGGGCUUAGUCAGGCACUACCGUUAGUCCGCCGCCUGCUCCUUACUUUGCAGAACAUGCGGAAAGAUUUUCAAAUCAAAGGGGCCACCCUCGCUCUUGGCCUGGUGGAUGACUUGUCUCUGAGGAUAGAAACUGAUUCCCGUCUGUGUGCUGUGCUCAGGUCUGAGCACUAUAUCUUGGCCACUUUGUUAGAUCCCUUCUUUAAAGACAGUUUAGAAGAAUUCCUUCCCCGAGGCAGUGACUUAGCAAGCUAUAAGCAAAUCCUAAUUGAAGCAGUGUCUGAGCAUAUGUGCCUGUCAAUGGAGAGUUGCCCCAUGGAGAAUAGAAAAGCAUCAGGCCAGUCAGCCCUUACAGGGACUGAACAUUUUGCCGGUCAUUUUAAGAAAGAUCCUACAGGUUCAGGUCCCUUGAAUGGCUCAUCUUCUUCAAAGAUCAUUGCUUUAACUGGCAAGGGGCUGUUGUGCCCUUCUGCUGCAACCGUAGUAGAAGAGUACUUCCAUGAGAAGCCCUCAAGGAUCUCAGUAAAAGAUGACCCCUUGACUUACUGGCAGGGGAAGCUGAGAAGGUGGCCUGCGUUAACACAAGUAGCCAUUCAGUAUCUCGGCUGCCCACCCUGUAGUCUGCAUUCGGAAUGGCUCUUCAGCUCAACGCGCCACCUGGCCUCUGAACGUAGGGCUAGUUCAGGCAUUGACAAUAUUGAACAGCUGAUGUUCCUCAAAAUCAACUUAAAAAGUAUAAAUUAUGACUAUUCUACUCUGGCCUUGGGCUUUGACACAGAGGACGAGGUCACUCAGAGCAGUGAGGAUGAGAUGUUUUAAGCCAGACAUGCUCUCUGAACCCGUAUGAAGUCCAAAACGUGUGCUGUGAUGAACUAUUUUUUAUACAUUUUACGGUGCUUUCAGUCUUCAGAGUGUUUUACAGAUGCAUUCCUAGGCAAACUUGCAGUGUACCCAUUUUGCAGAUACAAAAAGUGACAGAUGUGACUUGAUGUAAAAGAUGAGAUUAGAUUUUAGAAAUUCCUGGCUUCUGAGUCUUAAAUGCAGACUCAUUUAACAUGGGUCAAAUAAACACACGUAGAGGCUAUAAUGUAAGUAUUUAUGAAAUGAACGUUAAAAAGAUAACCAAGCACACACAAGUAGGCCAAUUAUAAAGAGACCAUAAAGUGGAGUCAGGCUUCAUGCUUGGGAAGCAAUGAAGUCAGAAUCUAAUUUAAAAAUAUGGUGCUGGUAGUAGCAGUUGAAUAAUGCUCCCUUUGGAUACUUGCUGGGCUGAAAAAUGUUGUUUUCCCUCUGAGCUUCCCUCCUAUAAACUCAGGAUAGGACUAGUGUGGCCGGCAGACUGGAAAGCUAGAUGUAGGCAUAGCAUAGACUUUCAGUAUCAAAAAGACGGGGCUGUUAGACUGGACAGAUUUUCACCGUUGUAUUUAUCUUCCUUUUGCAAGGGUCAGGUGUGGGGGUUUGUGUGUGACUAAGUUCUGUUUUCAUAGACUUCUAGUUAUGGCCCCUUUCGUGUAAGUAUGAUGCUGUGCUAAAUUACAUGACCAUGGGAAGCACAGCUCAAUCUGUACGUGAGCGCCAGUAGAAUCCUAGAAAUUUUGUAUUGACUUUGGAAUGCUUAUCAGUUUCCGCUACAAACAUGCUAAAUGCACCAGACUUAUGAAUUUUACGCUUCCUUCAAGGAUUUAGGUCAAGUGACAUCUUUCUGUUAUGAUUAAAUUGCUAUUUUGACUGAUUUAAAACAUAAUUUAAUUUAGAAUAAUAGUUUGGGUGUUCAUUAAAUUACUUGUAGAGCUGAGAGGCCCAAGUGUUUUGUCCUUUCUUAACCUGUAGAUUAGUAUAUUGUAAACGAGACCCAUUCAAGUUCUGAACUGUGCUCCAAGUGUUAAGCAUAUGCAGUAAUGUGGAAGGCAACACACAAAUUGGAUGAAAGCAGACUUAAAAAUACCGAUUAGCUGAGCGGCCUGUGUGCUCAAAUGAACCCAAACUAUAUGGGGUAAAUUUUCCCGCUGCAAUGAAUACAGUAAUUUGGAUUCAAUAUGUAAAUUUAUUUUUCCCUGAAGAAGAGAAAUGUCAUUCAUCAGAUUUUUCUGAUUACUUCUAUUUGAAUACUUCUGUUUUAUUCUUUUUUAGGGACGCUCAAAUGUCCUGUACUUGCCAAGAAAUAGGUAUUGGUUUAUUGUGUGACACAAUAAAUUGAAGUGAUUGCGCUUUGAAAUUUCAUAGACUCAGUGUGGAUAUGGAUAAAAUGUAUUUGUUAAAGAGGCUUCCCUAGAAUUGCAUGUGACGGAGCACAGGUAUUUUUAGGUGCGGGUAGAUGGACAUUAUCUGGGGGACAGAAUCCAGUUAUCAAGUCAACAAGAUCACAAGUGAAAUAAUUGUAUAUAUAUAAAAGGAGCUGGGGGGAGCUUGUAUCUUAUUUUGCUUUCUAAUCCCCCUUGUCAAGAAAUUUGAAACUGCUAACUAAUAUAAGAACCCAACUUUUCCUUUUUUUAUUUUAGAUUUGGGAAAAUUCCCUGCCAAAAAAAAUAUUCCUGGAAAAUUCACUAGUGUUUGUGUGAGUAAAAGGUUCCAACCUUUUAUUAUUAAUUUGUAAGUGAUAUUUCAUUCAGUUUUGUCCAAGAGAGUCAGAAGAGAAUUAGUGUAGAAAUGUGCAACAUAUUUAAUGACAUGGAAUCAGAAUCACUUUCAGUCAAGCGCUUCCUGGUCUGGUUGCAGGUUUUAUGACAUUCAGCGUUUUGGGUUUUGGUGUGUGGGGGGAGGGGGGGUGUCUUUGUUUGGUUUUUGGGUUUUUUUUAAUUGGAACAUUCAAUUCCCAGUGCAUUGAAACUGCUUGUGGCUAAAUGGAAUCAAUCCCAGGCUCCUUAUGGUGUCAGAGUCAUUGGCUGCUAAGAAUGGGACCAAAGCCAUCCUGUCUAGUUUUUUUGCCAAUCUCACAGCAGUGGAUAAUGGUGGCUUAUAUAUGCACCAGGGGAACAGUAUGUGGUGACAAACCUGAAGUGUUUGUUCUGAUGUAAAAGAAAAGAAAUUAGCUUCCAAGUAUCAAAAGAAAAAUAUUCCAAAUUCUCUGUCUCAUGCAGCCAUGCCACUUCCAAAGUGAGCAUUUCCCUGCCUCUUUCAGCUUGCUAUAUGCUAAAUCUGCUAUCUUUCUGCACUGAAUUGAUUGCAACUGUGUAUGUCUGAUCAGGGCUAAAAGUUAUUCUCUACAAUAUGGAUAUCGUAGUACACAUACUGUGCACGCUUUGUGUGUAUAAUUAUGUAUAUACUGCAUGCAUGUACAUAUGUAUGCAUAUUUGUGUGCCAGACCCAAACUCACCCAUGUUUAUAAAGCAUUGGCCUGAAGAUAUAUUUGUCAGAAAUAUUUUUAACC